AUGGCCUCCGCCGCGACCGCUCCCCAGGCCCUGUCCUCGCGCGUCGCCGUCCGCGGCGCGCGCGCGCAGCAGGCCCGCCGCUCCGCCGUGUCCAUCGCGCGCCGCAACACCAUCGUUCGCGCCGUCAUCACGGAUCCCCCCAAGCCCUCCAUCAAGGAGGUCCAGCGCCCCGACCCCACCGGCCGAUACGGCGCGUACGGGGGCAAGUACGUCCCCGAGACGCUCAUCCCCGCGCUCCUCGAUCUCGAGCGCGAGUACGCCGCGCUCGCGAGCGACAAGGAGUUCCAGGCCGAGCUCGAGAGCAUCCUCAAGGACUACGUCGGCCGCGCCAACCCCUUGUACUUCGCCGAGCGCCUCACCGAGCACUAUGGCACCGCGGACAUCUACCUCAAGCGCGAGGAUCUCAACCACACCGGCGCGCACAAGAUCAACAACGCGGUGGGCCAGGCGCUCCUUGCCAAGAAGAUGGGCAAGAAGCGCAUCAUCGCCGAGACCGGCGCGGGUCAGCACGGCGUCGCGACCGCCACCGUGUGCGCGCGCUUCGGCCUCGAGUGCAUCAUCUACAUGGGCGCCGCGGACAUGGAGAGGCAGAAGCUCAACGUCUUCCGCAUGCGCCUCCUCGGCGCCACCGUGAACCCCGUGCGCUCCGGCACCUCCACCCUCAAGGAUGCAACCUCCGAGGCCAUCCGCGACUGGGUGACCAACGUGGAGACUACCCACUACAUUCUCGGCUCCGUCGCGGGUCCCCACCCGUACCCCAUGAUGGUUCGCGACUUCCACGCGUGCAUCGGCCGGGAGACUCGAGCGCAGGCGAUGGAGAAGUGGGGCGGCAAGCCCGACAUCCUCAUGGCGUGCGUGGGCGGCGGCUCCAACGCCAUGGGCCUGUUCCACGAGUUCGUCGACGAUGAGGACGUGAGGCUGAUCGGCAUCGAGGCUGCGGGUGAGGGCAUGGGCCCCGGGCAGAAGCACGCCGCGACGCUCACCCUCGGCAAGCCCGGCGUCCUCCACGGCUCCUUCUCUUACCUCAUCCAGGACGAGGAGGGCCAGAUCAUCGAGCCCCACUCCAUCUCCGCGGGCCUCGACUACCCCGGCAUCGGCCCCGAGCACUCCUUCCUUAAAGACUUCGGCCGCGCCGAGUACCACGCCGUGACGGACCAGGAGGCUCUCGACGCCUUUGUCCGCAUCUCCCGCACCGAGGGCAUCAUCCCCGCGCUCGAGACGUCCCACGCGUUCGCCUACCUCGAGAAGCUCAUGCCCACCCUCAAGAAGGGCCAGAAGGUGGUCAUCAACUGCUCCGGUCGCGGCGACAAGGACGUGAACACCGCCGCUAAGUUUUUGAACAUCUCCGGCGAGGUUGACAUCUGAGCGGAGGGGUUUUUUUCACGGUUCGGCUCGGGCGUGAGCCACUGGUGGACGGAGAGCGACUGAGUGUCUGAGCGAGGAGGGUGUACGAGUACGGCGGCGGGACGCGGGGAAGGCCGUUGCUAUUAGCGCAGAUUCGAUUUGUUAUCUCUAAGUAGUUGGAUUCUUU